AUGCCGGCUGCCGCCGCGCCUACUGCAAUCCCAGCCUUUGCACCUACAGACAACUCGGAAGGCGAUGACGCGGAUACUGUUGGCGAGGCUGAACGCAAGCUUGUUGCAGCGGCACUAGUCCGGGUUGUGGCCAUAGUAUCAGAUGUACGAGACGCGAUCGAGGAGGAUGAAGUGGUGGUUCUUGAUGCAGGCGUGGAUGACGAUGCUAAGGAGGAGGACGACGACGACGAUGAAGAAUUUGCCUUGAUGAAGAAUCCACGGCUGCUUAACUUGCCGUCGACGAAACCGACAGGAUACGACGACAACCCGGAUAUACCGCUGGACAGCCGCAGCGCGAACUUCGAGCUCCUCUCUAUUUCAGCUGCGUCGAUGUUGUCUCCUUCUCCAACGGUCCAUUGCAUUGUCAGGGUGAACUUGAAUGAGUUACUGACUUAA